AAAUUCAGAGGUAGGAUAGUUCUUAACCGAAGAGGAAGAGGAAGAGGAAGAGGAGGAGGAAAAGGAAGAAGAAGAAAUCGAAUCCAUUCCAUAGGAGGCUAAAGAGUUAUCAGAAGCCUUCCGGAGUUCCAUCGAGAAGAUUGUCUCUCGCAAUUCUGCCAAUAUGCCUACAGUUGGGGCCGUUAAUUGUGCCAUGUUAUCCAAAAAGCGUCUUUGAGCAACGAACUGUCAGAUUCUCCAAUAAUAAACAGCAUUAUCUGUAAAUGGAUAGACCUAGAGCCCCUAUAUCUUCCUUGAGCGAUACGGAACGCAGAUCCCUUGAGGUCUUCAACGCCUCAGAAAAGGUUGACGGCGGGGGACCAUCUUCUUCAUCAUCAAAGUGGAUGGCAUUUCAAGAUUCGGCAAAGAUAGUGGAAAGAACCGCGGAAUGGGGAUUCUCAGGAGAAAGCAGUUUCAAGAUGGGGGAGAGGGCUUCAGGAGAAGGAGAACGGAGCAAGAACAUGUCGACAAGGACAUCAGAAGAAUCUACAUCCUCUGAAUCAGGGGCCUUCCCAAGAGUAUCGCAGGAGCUCAAAGCCGCUUUGGCUACUUUGCAGCAGACGUUUGUAGUGUCAGACGCUACAAAGCCAGACUGUCCCAUUAUGUAUGCUAGCAGCGGUUUUUUCACCAUGACCGGUUAUUCUUCAAAGGAGAUUGUUGGAAGAAACUGCCGAUUUCUGCAGGGACCUGACACAGACAGGAAUGAAGUGGCCAAAAUCAGAGACGCUGUCAAGAAUGGGAAAAGUUACUGCGGGAGGCUCUUGAACUACAAGAAGGACGGAACUCCCUUCUGGAAUCUCCUCACGGUCACACCCAUAAAGGAUGACCGUGGCAACACCAUCAAAUUUAUUGGAAUGCAGGUUGAAGUCAGCAAAUACACGGAAGGCGUAAAUGACAAAGCUCUUCGCCCAAAUGGAUUGCCCAAAUCCUUGAUCCGAUAUGAUGCUCGUCAGAAGGAGAAAGCUUUGGAUUCCAUCACGGAGGUCGUACAGACAAUUAAACAUCCCAAGCCUCAUGUAUGUGACACGAGCAAUAAGAGUUUGCCAAGACUUGGUGAUGCUAAUACACCCGGUAGCCAGAUCAUGCAAUCAGAUGACGGUUCCAAGUCGUCCAGAAAAUCUGGACGUGUUUCCUUCACAAGAUCGAAGCACAAAUCAUUUAGCUCGACUAGGUUGCAUGAAAAUAUUCCAAGCAUUGAGCCUGAAGCAUUGAUAACUACGGGUGUGGAGCGCACUGACAGUUGGGAUCGUUCUGAAAGGGAAAGGUCGACAGUUCUACGCCAAGGGAUUGAUCUAGCCACCACUCUGGAACGCAUAGAGAAGAAUUUUGUCAUUUCUGAUCCCCGUCUUCCAGAUAAUCCCAUUAUCUUUGCAUCAGACAGCUUUCUUGAAUUGACAGAGUUUACACGUGAGGAAAUUUUGGGGAGAAAUUGUCGGUUUCUUCAGGGGCCAGAAACAGAUCAAGCGACGGUUCAGAAGAUUAGAGAUGCUAUUAGAGAGCAGAGGGAAAUAACUGUGCAGUUGAUAAACUACACGAAGAGAGGAAAGAAAUUCUGGAACUUAUUCCACUUGCAACCUAUGCGUGAUCAGAAGGGUGAGCUUCAGUACUUCAUUGGUGUCCAACUAGAUGGUAGUGACCAUGUGGAGCCCUUAAGGAAUCGUCUCUCUGAGAGAACAGAGCAGCAAAGCGCUAAACUGGUGAAAGCUACUGCGGAAAAUGUAGAUGAAGCCGUUAGAGAACUCCCCGAUGCCAACUUGCGACCUGAAGACUUAUGGGAUGCACAUUCUAAGCCUGUCCAUCCUCUCCCUCACAAAAGGGAGAAUCCGUCCUGGAAAGCGAUACAAAAGAUCCAAGCUGCCGGCGAAAAACUUGGACUCCACCAUUUCAAGCCAAUAAAACCAUUGGGCUGCGGUGACACUGGGAGCGUCCAUUUGGUUGAACUGAAAGGUACAGGUGAAUUGUUUGCUAUGAAGGCAAUGGAGAAAACAAUGAUGCUAAAUCGUAACAAGGCUCACCGAGCAUGCAUUGAAAGGGAGAUCAUUUCUCUUUUGGAUCAUCCAUUCCUUCCCACCCUCUACGCUUCCUUUCAGACAUCUACGCAUGUUUGUUUGAUAACAGAUUUCUGUCAUGGUGGAGAAUUGUUUGCCUUGCUUGACAGACAACCUAUGAAAAUAUUUAAAGAAGAAUCGGCAAGGUUCUUUGCAGCGGAGGUGGUUAUCGGCUUAGAAUAUCUUCAUUGCUUAGGAAUUGUAUAUCGGGACUUGAAGCCCGAAAAUAUUCUGCUUCAGAAGGACGGGCAUGUUGUCUUAGCUGACUUUGACUUAUCAUUUAUGACGUCCUGCAGACCGCAGAUAAUAACCCCUUCAUCACCCAACAGUCGGAGGAGGUCCAGGAGUCAACCGCUGCCCACUUUUGUCGCAGAACCUGUUACCCAAUCAAACUCAUUCGUGGGUACCGAAGAAUAUAUUGCGCCUGAGAUAAUUACUGGUGCCGGUCACACGAGUGGUAUUGAUUGGUGGGCUCUUGGCAUUUUAUUGUACGAGAUGCUUUAUGGACGCACACCUUUUAGGGGUAAAAACAGGCAGAAGACAUUUGCCAACAUUUUGCACAAGGAUCUUACUUUCCCGACUAGCAUUCCUGUAAGUCUUGCAGCCAGGCAAUUGAUCAAUGCCUUGUUAAACCGCGAUCCAGCUAAUCGUUUAGGAUCCAAAAGUGGUGCAAACGAGAUAAAACAGCAUGCUUUUUUCCGUGGAAUCAGUUGGCCCCUUAUCCGCUGCUUGGACCCCCCACCGUUAGAUGCGCCAUUAAGAAUAAUUGAGAAAGAUCCCAAUGCCAGAGAUAUUAAGUGGGAUGACGAUGGCGUGCUUGUUAAUUCUAUGGAUAUGGAUAUGGAUAUCUUCUAAAGGAUCUUGCUUUCACUUACUGUAGCUGCGAUAAUCCUUGUUUGUCUUAUAUAUCAACAUUAAAUAAAUUGGAGGCCAACAGUUUCGAGGUUUCUCGUAAGGUCUGUGUAAAAUGCAUGAAGCA